AUGUCGCCUCGCGAGAACGGCACCGCCACCUCCGCACGCCGACAUCCGUCCCUGUCGUUCCGAUCGCACCCACGAACUACGACCCUUCCCACCCCGAUAUCGAAAGACUCUGCCUGUGCCCUGGAGGCAUUUCACGAGCCGCUCUUGACCGAGUUGUGCCAAGAAGAUCAUGCACCAGUGGUAGAAGAUAUGGACCCAUUUCCCAACGCAGUUCCCCGCCGCCGCGGUGCAAAGAGUUUCUCAACCUUGAAGCAUCCUAUGGAAGGCCUGGUGGCCCUCGGACGCCGCUGGUCCGUCAGUCUUCGUCAUAAGUCUUCCAAGCAAAACAUCACCGAGCAUGUCGCGACCGAUGGAGACCAACACCAACACCAUGUCCCAACUUCAAAGCAUAAGCGCAUGGCAUCUGGCAGCUGGGAUGCCCGGUCAACCAAGGUUGCUUGGCAGGGCUGCGUCAACCGACGCCCUUCCCUGAACAGCGUGUCCGCGCUGCAUGGCUUCUAUGCCCCCACUGCAUCGAUUCCUGCUCCCAUUCCUGGUCGUGGAUCAGAGCCCCCAGUCUUCCCAAACCACGUCUUCUCGGGCGCGGCAGCUCGCGCUGCAGCUGCAGCACAGAAUGAACAGAUGGAGAUAACGCGGACUGCAAAGGCCGAGCGGGAGUCUAACAAGAUUCUCGAAAUGAGGAUCCCACAGGACUCUGAGAGUGGCAUUGGUAUCGAUCUGCGUGAUCGAUCAGAGGUGCCCGAGGCAGAGCUGUUUGGCCUCGCACGACUUGAUCCUGUGGCUCUACUCCCUACUGAGAUUUCAGCUCAUAUUCUGUCAUUCUUGGACCCUGGCUCGCUCUUGAAUUCCGAGCUGGUCUCUCGCGCCUGGCUCGAAGCCUCGUCCUCCCAUGUUUGGAGGCAGGUUUUCCGCGGCGCAUACGAGCAGCGACCUUCAAGCGAGACAAAGACCAAGUUGAAACAGUCAUCCGGUCUGGGAAAGACUAUCCCAAACCAAGACUGGAAGAAGAUGUUCCUUGUCCGGCGCGCCCUUGACCAGCGCUGGAAGGAUGGAAAGGCUGCGGCCAUUUAUCUCCAGGGUCACGAGGACAGUGUUUACUGUUCCCAGUUUGACGAAAAGAAAAUUAUAACUGGCUCCCGCGAUCGCACAAUUCGUGUGUGGGAUGCCCAAUACCCGUGGGCGUGUCAGAAGAUCAUUGGCCCAUCGAGUAGCCGCAGAAUGCCCCGUCGUGGCGGUCCAGUGAACAGCCCAACUUCCCAAGCCACAGGAAGUCCUCCUUUUAUGACCAUCACUCCACCAUGGGACACGGCCGCUGAGAAGGAGGAGAUCUCGUCGCCCGUCGACGAUGACUCCUUGUACCACAGCGCGUCAAUCUUGUGUCUGCAAUUUGAUGAGGAGAUCAUGGUUACCGGGUCUUCUGACUACACCUGCAUUGUAUACGAUAUCAAAAACGAUUACCAGCCUAUCCACCGUCUAUAUGGUCAUCAAGCCGGCGUGCUUGAUGUGUGUUUCGAUGACCGAUUUAUUGUUUCCUGCUCCAAGGACGCCUCUAUUUGUGUGUGGGACCGCCACACAGGCCAACUCUUGAGAACGCUCACCGGUCACUUGGGACCCGUCAACGCCGUCCAACUGCGCGGCGAUCUAAUCGUAUCAGCGAGCGGUGACGGCGUUGCCAAAAUGUGGAACGUGACCUCAGGCCAAUGUGUCAAGCAGUUCCUCAGCAAAGACAAGGGUCUUGCAUGUGUCGAAUUCAGCGACGAUGGCCGGACCAUCCUUACUGGCGGCAACGAUCGCAUAAUUUAUCAAUUCGACGCUAACACAGGCGAGCUUGUGAACGAGCUCCAGGGCCACGCUGGUUUGAUCCGGUCUCUGCAUCUAGACAGUGCGAACAAGCGCAUCGUCAGUGGCAGCUACGAUAUGAGCGUCAAAGUAUUCGAUCGCGAUUCAGGCAAUCUGUCCAUCAACUUCCCUGGCUGGACCACAAGCUGGAUGUUGAGCGUGCAGUCUGAUUACAGGCGCAUCGUGGCUACUAGCCAAGACUCGAGGACAGUCAUUAUAGACUUUGGAUAUGGUCUAGAUGGGAUCGAACUUUUAGAGGAGUGA